AUGAGCGUUGUUGCCAGUAGACCCGAGAAUCCUGCGGUGCCGUACGUCCAGGAUGGAAAUUGCAAGGAAUGGAACGUGCAACCGACCUCACGAACUUCGUCCGUCUCCUCUUACAAAACAAACUACACGACCUCGACCGCCCCGACAGUUUACUCUAACUAUCCGCCGUCAUCACCCACGCUGACCAGCUCCUCGCGCCAAUACGACUCGGUGGGCUCCAUUGAGAAGGUCGUAGAGCCGAUUCAACGGCGCAUCCCGCAGGAAGUGUAUGAUACAAUCUUGGAAAGUUUGGAUCAUUUACACAAGGACCCGCAUCAGACGGGGUGUACGACCUGCUUCCAACGCGACUUGCAUGCGUUAUCAUUGACCUGCCGAUCAUGGGAGAAGGCGAUUCGAGGACGACUGUAUAACUCAAUCCAUAUAGUCGGGAACGACUCGCCAGCUCAGUUGAAGAAGUAUCGCAUGAAACGGGGCAGCCGUUUGAAGCUGCUGCGACGUACUCUCCGCGAGCGAAAGUUGCUGGCCAACCUCGUCCGCGAACUGCGCGUCCCCCAAAUGGACCUGCUUUUCACGGCCCCCAAGCAGAGCACGGUAUGGGAGGAGUAUCGCGAUCUGGUCGCGUCGGUAGUGAUGGUGUGCCCCAAUCUCGAGCGACUACACGGCCUGACGAUUCCCUACCACCACAAAUUUGACCGCUUAACCCACGCUUUAUCUACGCGCCGACGGUUAAAGGAGCAUACUUGGGUAUUAGGCGAGGCGACCGAAGUGACGGAGAUGUCGCCGCGUGGUGACUCCUGCCCAGGGAGUCUGGGACCGUCCCAGAUGUUUGAAUUCUUAGACUAUCAUGCGUCGUGGUCGAACUUGGAAACCCUCAUGCUGUAUGGUCUGAGCGGGAACGGCGCGCUAGAACCAAGCAUUUUCCUCCGAAUUUUCGACGUUUUACCUGCCUUGCAAAACCUGUGCAUCUCCUCCUUCAACGAAGAUGCUUUCGCCGACAGCACACUGCUUUGUCUUCCCCCACUGAAAUCUUUACGCCUGGAGAAUUUGUCGGGUGUCAGCGAGACAGGGCUCAUUCAGUAUACUUCUCGGCCCGAGUCGCAGUCACUCCGGUCAUUUACUCUGGUGGAGCAGCACAUCACGUCUCUACUGGUCAUCUCCAAGGUUCUGUCCUCGUUAAGGCAGCUUGAGCGAUUUAAAUUCAUCCAAGCGGGUGUCUGCGCAACCAUGCCCGAGAACGACAUUGUCUUCCAACCUAUCCUUGCCUCAUCGAGCCUCCAGUACCUUCACUGGGACGUGGCUUGCCCCGAUCCCGGCACGGCCCUCACCCAACUUGACAGCCUCCCCUUCCAGCACUGCCCCAAGCCAUCGACGACGUCGAAUUUCCACCUUGCGCAAAGUAUACUCGCCGGCGGAUUUCCUAAACUCGCAACCCUCCGCGCGCCGAACGAUGUCGAGCCCCCUGGUGCUCUGCAGGCAGUUUGCCAACCCAUCGUCAAUGGCCAAGCCCUCCUACGACCGGAUCGAUACAGUCUGCCCCGCAGCUCUCACGGCUCUGUCAAUACGCGGCCCCUUGCUUUGCCUGCCGGGAGCAACCUGACCUCGUCUCGCAUCCGUGCGCAAACCUUUAUCGAUAUGGCCGUUAAGGAUCCCGAAGCCGGCAUGCGGGUCCUUAUCCAGGAUUACUCGGAUGAAUUUGUCCCUGACAAUGCCCAGGAUGCCUCUUCCUACGGAGAGCCGGAGCAGGAGAUGGAUGACUACGGCAUUUGGGCCGCCGUGGAGCGAUAUAAAAACACCCCUCCGGAUUCGGAGCACGAAGGUCCAAGAACCAUCUAUGACUUCCGGAUGCCCGGAUUUAUGGGCCGUUCUGGCUGCUUGGAUCCACUGACGGGGGCUUUGAUCCCGAAGUUCCUUCUCCGUCCUGAUAUUCCCGGGCAGGACUCGGAGGGUGGGGUGAUCGGGUGGAAGCAACUCCUUGCAUCGAACCAAUCACUUUCUUACGCCGCAGGGGUAGGGGUUCAUUGCUUCGACAACAAGAGCACGGCAAGCCCUCCACCCCUGGAAGAACUGGGCUCGCCGACUUCAACUACCACCUCACGGUUCGGCUGGAGCAGUCUCGCCGGCAGGUCAACAAGCACGCCGUCGACUCCCACCACGCCCCUUACCUCCUUGAGCAAUUUAUCGAGCUCUGCAUUGCCUUGGGACAAGGACACUUGCACCGGCUCCUGGAAUCACAAAACAGGGCGCGACUGGUGGUUCCACAUGGAGCGUGAUCGCCCCGGAAAUUCAGAACUCAUCAACGUCCAACAACUCUUCUAA